AUGGAGCCCGGCCGCCUCUUUGCUUGGGGUUUGGGAAGCUACGGCGCCUUGGGGAUCGGAUCCUGGGCCGACUGUUUCACUCCCACCGAAGUGUGGUUUCCCGAAGAGGACGCAGAGGCGCAGAGGCGAGUGGUGUCAGUGUACCAGGUGGCCGCGGGGACCAAGCAUUCCGUGGCACUGACCACCACCGGCAGUGUCUUCACAUGGGGACACGGCGGGCACGGGAGGCUUGGGCUUGGCCAGGCCAAGAUCCGCGGCCAGAACUCCUACAGUGCGGAGUUCGAGCCAAGGCUGGUUACCAGCUUGCAGGGCGUAAACAUCACGUAUGUCGCUGCUGGUGAGGCCCACACCGCUGCUGUGGAUCAGCUGGGCGGGCUCUACACUUGGGGCCAGGGAGCUUUUGGGCGCUGUGGCCACGGGGUCGGCACCGACAUGCCAAGCCCUGCGCGUGUCGAGAGCUUGUCUGGCCUGUCCAUGUCGCAGGUCGCACUGGGGCUGAUGCAUUCUGUCACGAUGUCGGUCAAAGGGCAGCUGUACACUUGGGGGAAGGGUGCCGCCACUGGCUUCGAUGUCGGGGAGGUGAUCCCCACGCCGCGGCAGGUGAAGCUAGAGUCGCGCGAUCCCGUUUACCAGAUCGCUGCUGGCCCGUUGCACACAGUGGUUCUCAUGCAGAAAGGCGACAUCCUUUGCUUUGGCUCUGGCACCGAGGGCCGCCUGCCCUUCAGGGACUACGACGGCAGCGUGGUGGACUUCCCUCUGCCGACCAUGCUGAAUCUUCCAGAUCUCAAGUUGAAGGGCUGGGCAGCCGAGAAUGACAAGGCCAUCCAGGCCUCCCAAAGCCAGAAUCGCGAGGCCACAUGGUGGCCCUCAAGGAUGUGCUGCGGCUCCGGGAGCUCGGCGAUUCUGACAGGAACCGGAGAGGUUCCUCCGGGUGGCAUGCCCUACGAGAACUUGUGGCUUUGGGGCAGCCAGGAGAUCGCAUCUGUGGGUGAUCGAACCGAGCUGGAGAUCAUGAUGGAAGAUGAUGGGACAGUGCAGACGGUAGACAAAGGUGGGAACUGCUGGCUCGCAGUGCCUCUAAAGACUGGAGUCCGCAAUCGGACCGUCCGAAGUGUGGCCAUGGGCUAUGAGCACUGCCUCAUCGUGACUGCGGACUCCUUGAUGUACUCCUGGGGCAACGGUUCCAAAGGGCAGCUGGGCACCGGGUCCAUGAUGCCUGCCGACACGCCGCAGUUCAUCACUAAUCCAACCGACGUUCUCCAUGUGGCAGCGGGGGAGGAGCAUUCUGCUUGCCUCAUUGAAGGCGGGGCCUGCUUCACCUGGGGCAACGCCGCUGGCGGGCGACUGGGUCUGGGCUCCUGCCUGAGCGAUGGCGAGCAGUUGAUCCCGAAGCGUGUGGUUAUUGAAGCCACAGAGCUACGUCUUCUUCGUGGUGUGAAUUGUGGGUCGCAGCACUCCGCUCUGGUGACACAGGACGGCAAGCUUCUCACCUUCGGUACCGGCUGGUUCGGACGACUGGGACAUGGAGACAUGAAGAAUGAGUAUGUUCCAGCGCUUGUGCCAAUGUCGACGCACGUGAAGGAAGUUCACUGCGCUAUGUACCACACGUGCAUCGUAGACUCGAAGGAUCAUCUCUGGGUCUGCGGAAGGGAUUCGUCUCUGUGCAGAGAUGCACAGAACCACGUGCUGUCGCCGGCUCUUUUCGAGCCGUUCCAGCACGAGGGGGAAGUCCGGUGUGUUCGCUCGCUUGCCACUUGUGAGCAGCACACUCUUGUAGCGACCUAUCGGCAGAACAAUCCAGAUGACACCGAGCUCUGGGUUUGGGGCAAGAACGAUCGCGGUCAGCUUGGCUUACCUAGCGCCUCACCCGUCAUAGACCUGCCGUGGAGAUUGCAGAUUCCAGAGCUACAGGACAUGCGCGAACGCCGUGGCCGUAACUACACGCUCACCCAGGUAGCCACAGGGGUUCACCACUCCAUGUGCAUUGCUAUGCUGGACGACCCGCGCGGGCAGCGCAAAGAGCCGGUGGUCUAUGCUUGGGGCUUCAGCGGGUCGGGCAGACUGGGGCUCGAGCUGGACGUCGACAACAAGCUCGAGAUGCUCCAGAUCCGGGAGAGAAACAAGGGCCUGCCGCCAGAGCGCACUCAGACCACCGGGCCGAAGCACCUUCGCGUCUAUCCUCCCAUGAAGGUAGAGGAGCGCUGGAAGCCCAAGGUGCGGGAGAGCAACCAAACUGUGGCGGAGGAUGCAGCGAAGCUGGACGAGCCCAGCAACACCUGGAGUGACUGCCAGCGAAAGCUCUUCGAGGAGAAAGCAGACUGCAAGCUCAAGGCCUUACAAAACACGGAACGUCAGGUAAAGCGCAUGUGCGAUGGUCACCUGGAUUUCAUCUACAAAAUGUGGGACAAACCCGACUCAAGGUCGGACCCAUGCGAGUACGAGCUACGCCAUCUUCGGAAGGAGCUUGAGGUGGAUUACAUCAGAACUCUGCACGCCAUGAACCUUGACGGAAGCGGCGAGGGCCCUCAGAUGGAGAACGCGUAUUGGGUCAAAACCGACCCCGAGAUAAAGGGAAAGCUUUGCAAAUUCGAGGAGCUGGCGUGGAUCCUGCAGCAGCAGCCGGUCUACAUGGCACGCCUGAGCUCGGCCUUACGAAAAGGAAGCUUGCAGGAAGCAGACACCCGCACCUUCCGCACCAUGUGCGAGCGCAUCUAUCAUGAUCUCUUCCAGCCACGCACGGUUCAUCUCUUCAAAUCUAUGUUGAGCCUCAUUAUCAAGUCCGAGAUGCAGCAGGCCAAGUUCCUCCACGACCUCUUUGACCCGUUCAAAUCGCACGCUGCAUCCUUGUUCACACAGCUCUCCACGCACUCGGCCUUUGUGGAAGGAAUGGUGCUGCCCAUCCUCAACCCGCAGGUGGAGACUUCCUUGGUCUCUACCAUCAUCCGGUACACGCUUCUGAAGAGGGACGGUGAGACGCCCCGUGUUCUUGGGACAGAAGCUGCAGAGCAUUCCCAUGUGACUGGGGUGUUCACAACGCACUAUCCAGAGUAUCAGGAACUGGUGAAGAAGGCGAACGCGGACAAGGCCGCACAUCCAGGUAAGACGUCGCAGAAGAGCUACCUCUACAACUUUCAGAACGAGCUAGCAGAUCUCCAGCGAGCUUGUGGGAAGGAGCCUGCAACCUCGGGCCAUGACAGCAAGGAUGUGCAUGCGGGCUGCAUCACAAGCUUCAUUGAGCACUUUGUGACGGACCUUCUGGCAGAGGACUGUGCGAAAGAUUUCCGAAUGAUGCUUGUGUGCGCUUUCAAGACCAUGCUAAACGACUGCCCGGCCGCCAAAGGAUUCGAAGAGUCGGAUCCUCGCGUCUGCACCCCUUUGGCUGCUCUGGUUCUGGGCAACAUCAUCGGCAGUGUCCUUGAAACCGUAGGUCAACGCAGGUACAGCUUGGUCGAGCUGAGCAUUCGAAAGCAGGUCUUGGAAAUGUUUUCGAACAUGCAGAGGCGGAAGGGAAGGCCAAAGGGAGACCUCGAAGUGGACCCCAAUGAUGUGGCAGAACAGCUCUAUGAUCGAGUCCUUUUCAACAUCCAGGCCCUCGCCAAGAUCUUCAAGCGUUCCGUUCAUCGAGGUGUCUUCCGCCUUCAGUUUACGAAAGGAAAAGGUGACGAAGUGCUCAAGGAAGAGCCAGAGUCCUUGAAAGUCUGUGAAGACAUCAAGGAUUUCACCUGUCACGUCUUGCACAAGAUGCUCAUGAAAGACCUUUCCAAGAGCGAACUGGAAGAGUUGAAGAGUGGCCGCGGACGACCGGAUGAGGCAGUGGCAGAUCUAGCCGGAGAAUUGUACAGCGAUCUGUACAUGUCCCACCUCACGCUGGAGAAGACUACCGUCAGCAUGUCGACUUUGGAGAUGCUCGAGAUGGCCAACCUGCUGUGGAGGCAGCGGCAAGAGCUUAUCCAGUCCGGCGACACUCAGGACAUGUUCCGAAAAACCCUCGAAGAAGUGAUGCGGAAGCGGCAGGUGGCCGCCGGAAAGAACUUCUCGCAUGGGACUACAGAGGAGAUCCAGGAGUACCAUCCCGACGGUCACCUUUGGCUUGCGGGCAAGCAUGGAGAGUGGCACAACCUGCGGCCCAGAGCGAGGUUCCUAGAAUACAUGAGAGGGCCGGGCUACGAGCCCACUUUCUGCAACGAGUCCAAGGCGCCUAUGCCGCGCUGCCUCACCUCGGAAGCUCAACGAAAGCAGAAAGACUUCUCCCUGAUCCGAUUGUUCAGCAUACCUGAGGAGGAAAAAGGGCCAAAGUUCACGAACCAGGACGGCGAGACGGUCUUUGUGUACGAAGCACUGGAGGAGCUCCUGCAGACCCUCGCUGGCAGCGCGCAAGAAGAUCCUGACUUGAAGUACCAGAUUUUUGGCAGUAGCUUGAUGGAGCUCAGGAACAGCUUCGUCAAAAUCCAGAAGGCGAUGAUGCAGGAUAUCAAAGAUGGCAACGCUUCCAGUCGUAUGCGGGGUACGGUGAUGGACCUCGAGGAUGGGAAGAACAUGGUUGGCAUCCUGCAGAACCAGGUCACAUCGAUUAGCAAAGAGCUCAUGGCAUACAUUGAUGCCGUGGUGCAGAAUCGCUUCAAGCAUGCGAGGUACUUGGAAGAGACGAAGACCAGGAACACAAACAUCCUAGAGACAAGGAAGAAGUACGAAGAGAUCCUGCAGGAGCAAGUAAGUGGACACCAUGACGAGGGUUGUCCGCGCUGCUCAGAAUUGCGACUGCCCGAGUCUGAUCACACUCGCUGCGGGUCAGCGGUCGGAGAAGAUAGCCUUCCUCCGGAUACGGCGAAUCAAGCAGCGGAAUCGCAAGCAGAAGCCAACGCCCGGCCAGAAGGCCAUCGACCUUAUGGGCAUGGAGGAGGCGGAGGUCAAAGUCCAGGAGUUGCGCGAGUCUUUCGUGCCAAGCCAGAGCUUCACCCUGGGACAACUGGAAUCCAAAGGUGUUCUGGUUCGCAUCCAUGA